AUGGGCGAAAGUGUUUCGGCUAUGAUCCAAUGGAAGUUACCCAAAAAGCGGAAGGAUCCGGGAAUGUUUACCAUUUCGUGCAACAUUGGUGGAACAAACAUGGAUAAAGCGAUGAUGGACUUGGGAGCUUCCAUAAAUGUGAUGCCAUUGGCCGUUUAUAAGAGGUUGAACAUUGGGAAAAUGAGAAAUACCCGUGUGGUCAUACAGUUGGCCGAUAGAUCUAAAGCAUAUCCUGAAGGAAUGGUAGAGGACGUACUGAUUAAAGUUGGUGAUUUGAUCUUCCCAGCCGACUUUUAUGUUCUGGACACCGGUCCAGAAACUGGAGAGAAUGUUAUAUUAUUGGGACGACCGUUUAUGAUGACCGCUGGGACCAAAAUUGAUAUGAAGACCGGAAUCUUAACAUGUAAGUUUGAUGGAGUCCAGGAAGAAUUCAACAUCUAUGAAACCAUGAAGAGAAAGCAAGAAAUGGAAACGGUGGACAUGAUCGAUUGUUCGAGCCACUAG